UAUCACUUAACCAGUAACCAUGGAGGAAGAACUCAAGUUAUUCAUCCAAGUAUGGGUUUCUGCAAUCAUUUCAGUAACUUAUUGUUACUACUUAACACCCAAAAUCAAAACCAGUCUUCUUCGAUUACUAUCUGUUCUUCCUGUUUGUGUUUUGUUUCUUAUUAUUCCUAUCUUUUUCUCCACUGUUCAUUCCUCUUUCACUAUUGCAUUUUUCCUCUCAGGUCUUGCAGUUCCAAAACUCAUCCUCUUUGCAUUAGAAAAAGGUCCUCUUUUUCCACUUCCUCCUAAUCUCCCUCAUUUCGUCUGCUUUGCUUGCUUCCCCAUCAAGCUUCAAAAAAAACCUAACCCUGAAAAUACUAACCAUUUCCCCAAAUGGGUUUUUGCCCUGAAAGUUUUCAUCUUUGGUGCCUUGUUACUACAAGCGUAUCAUUACAAACAAUUUCUAUCUACGAAUUUUCUAUUGGGUCUCUAUGCUCUGCAUAUAUACUUGGAGCUUGAGAUUUCCUUAACCUUGAUAAAAUUUCUCGUCAGUAUCACUCUUGGGUGUGACCUCGAGCCACAAUUCAACGAACCAUACUUAGCCACCUCUCUACAUGACUUCUGGGGUCACCGAUGGAACCUCAUGGUCUCGAAGAUUCUCUGGCUCGCAGUGUACAACCCCAUACGGCAAUGGCGAGCCAAGAGCUCCGAGUGGGAUCGGUUCUUCGCGAUUUUCGCCACGUUCCUCGUCUCUGGUGUGGCUCACGAGAUUCUCUACUUCUAUUUGACACGUGAGAAGCCUACAUGGGAGGUGACUUGGUUCUUUGUGUUACAUGGGUUUUGCAUGGCGGCUGAAGUGGCACUGAAGAGGAAGACGAAGUUGGUGCAGCGGUGGCCGGUGAAUCCGGCAGUGUCGAGACUGCUUACGGUGGGGUUUGUGUUUGUGACUGGUGUUUGGCUAUUUUCCCCCCAGCCUAUUAGGCACGGCUUGAUGGAGAGGUUCAUCAAUGAAGACUUGUUUCUAAUUGAUUUCUUUAAUCGUAAGUUAUAUAUCCUCUUAGGGUUGUUUACGAGUCUUUAAUAAAUGGGAAAAUUGGAAACAAAGGAUAAAUAUUUAAAGAAAGAGAUGGUAAGAUUCUAAGAGAAAUUGAAGCGAGGGAAAUAAAGAAAGAUAAAUUGAAAAAAAAAGAGUUUUGUUUUGGAGUUAUUUGAGAGGAGUGAACAGCUUAAUUUUUGUGAAGAAUAGAGGAAGACAAUAUCGAAGAAGUGAUGAACGACGACUCCAAGUAAAAGAAUAUUGAUUUGCUCCAAGUAAAAAUAAAUUGGUUUGGACUUUUUGUUUUGUAUUUUGUAAGCAUAAAAAAGCUGGAGAUAUAGUGGGAUUUAAAUUAUAUUAAACGCAUAUGUCACCAAUCUUGAUCAUAAAAUGUAUAGA